GCGGGUACGUGAGGUGUACCAAGUACUUAACCUGGCACUCCCGCACAUGCUCUAAGCUCUUCUUCACGCUUUCGAGGAGCCUUGGUCUCGGUAUCCCUUCGUUGGAUUCUAGAAUUUUCAUAGCUCGAUCAUGACGCUCUUGAUAUGGUUGGCACUCGUGCCCGCCGUGGCCAUGGUUGCGCAGGCGACUUUGACACCCGAGAAGCUUAUCAGUGCACCGAGACGAGGAGAGGCAGUUCCUAACAACUCCGGGAAGUUGGCCAUCUACUCGACCUCCGAGUACUCUUUCGAGACACACUCCAAGAAAUCAUGGUACAGCGUUAUGGACGUUAGCACUGGCAGGAGCACUGUUCUUACCAAUGAUUCCGCCGUGGAAGAGAUCGUGUGGGUGGAUGAUACUACGCUACUAUAUAUUAACGGCACGAACUCGGACGUGUCCGGCGGCGUAGAGCUGUGGAUUUCUACGGUGAAUAAGUUCACCAGUGGGUACAAGGCCGCCUCGAUCCCCGCGCCUCUCGCAAAUCUCAAGAUCGCCGUCACAAAGAGCGGAGACAUUAACUUUCUACUUUCAGGCCAGGCUUACGCCAACGGCGCCGUCUACAACGAGGAGCUCGUCGAAACCCCCCUCUCCACCGCCCGAGUCUACGACUCCCUCUACGUCCGCCACUGGGACGUUUGGCUGACCUCCGAGACCUACGCCCUCUUCUCUGGGUCCCUCAAGGGUAGCACCAAGAAGACCUUCGACGGGAAACUCAAGAACCUCCUCAAAGGCACCAAGAACCUCGAGACACCCGUGCAGCCGUUUGGUGAGGGCUCCGACUUUGCUAUCACUCCGGACGGAAAGACGGUAGCAUUCCUGUCCAAAGCUCCCGAGCUGCCGCAGGCAAACAAUACCGCCUCGUAUAUCUUUACCGUGCCGCACGAUGGCUCCUCCGUUGCAAGAGCAGUGAACGCACCCACAUCCCGCGGAACUCCCAAGAACGCCCGUGGUGCAUCCUCGCUGCCAACGUUCUCGCCAGAUGGAAAGAGCCUCGCCUACCUGCAGAUGGACGAUGCCACGUAUGAAUCCGACAGGAACAAGCUGUACACGACCAAGCUCGGCAGUGGCGUUAUCAAUGGCGUCGCGCACAACUGGGAUCGCUCGCCAGCCGGAUUGUCGUAUAGUGCCGAUAGAAAGAAUUUCUUCCUUUUGGCGGAGGAGUACGGUCGAGAGAAGCUGUGGACCCUGCCCGUGUCCUCCGGUGCGAAUGCCACGCCGAAGGCAAUUACCCACGAGGGCUACAUCGAAUCGUUCUAUCAGAUCUCCAACAACAGCAUCCUCGUCAGCAACAGCAGCAUGGUCUCUUCCACCGGCUUCGCCGUCAUCAGCACCAGCGGCUCCAGCGAGCCGAAGGUGCUCCUCGCCCCGAACAAGAUCGAUCCGCAGCUUGCCGGGCUAUCAGAUUCGCAGGUGGACGAACUCUGGUACGAGGGCAACUGGACCACGAUCCAUGGGUGGAUCGUGAAGCCGAGUGACUUCGACGCAAAAAAGACAUAUCCCCUCGCGUUUUUGAUCCACGGCGGUCCGCAGGGAUCGUGGGCGAAUAGUUGGAGCACGAGGUGGAACCCGGCGGUGUGGGCGGAUCAGGGCUAUGUUGUUGUUGCAAUCAAUCCUACCGGAUCCACCGGCUACGGAGAGGAACUCACCAAUGCCAUCCAGAACGACUGGGGCGGCGCCCCGUACGACGACCUGGUCAGGGGCUUUGACUAUGUCGCCGACAACUACGAAUACAUCGACACGGCCAACGCCGUAGCAGCGGGGGCAUCCUACGGAGGCUAUAUGAUAAACUGGAUACAAGGCCAGCCCUUCGGCCGCAAAUUCAAGGCGUUAGUGUGUCACGACGGCGUGUACUCCACGCUCGACCACUACCACAGCGAGGAGCUAUUCUUCAUGCAGCACGACUUCAACGGGACGCUGUGGAACGACCGCGAGAACUACGAGCGGUUCGAUCCGACCCGCUUCGCGAUAAACUGGGCUACCCCGCAGCUGGUCAUACACAAUGACCUCGACUUCCGUCUGCCCGUGAGUGAGGGCAUUGCGCAGUUCAAUAUUCUGCAGGAGUUGGGCGUGCCGUCCCGGUUCUUGAACUUUCCAGAUGAGAGCCAUUGGGUUAUUAAGCAGGAGAACAGUCUGGUCUGGCAUAAGGAGGUGCUGGGGUGGAUUAAUAAGUGGUCGGGUGUUAAGGGGACUGUCUAGACUGCAGAGGGAAAUGAUGUUAUUUACGGUACAUAAGUGUUGGUUAAUACUGAUUGUCAGUGGUUAUGUGUAAUUAAGAGUUGUCGGGUUCAGGUAUGGAGGUGAAGUAAUAUCUGAUGUCUGGCCGAGUGGAUGGAUGGCGGCGUGCGUUCACAGUAGGUACUGAGGGUGGACACCACAACGUAGCCGGAUUCCAAGAAAAUCCGGCGAGGG